UUUCAAAUCAAGACAAAAGAAUGAAUUCGCUGGUCAAGAAAAAAAUUGCAAACAGAAAUUUUUCCUCGAACAUUUUUUCGAUUUUUCACUGAUACUGUGGAACGCCAGUCAAAUAUCGUUUGUUGGGUUUUUGAACAAGUUUGGGUCAGCUGAUUUGGGGACAAAAAAAUCGAAAGUAAUCCAGAUGCGGAAUACAGUUCGUACAUAACUGAUAAUUUGGUAAAAAAUACGAGAUACUCCUCCGAACAUCAAAGCGAUAGAGAAUCGUAACUAGUAAUCGCGGUGGAUAAGUUCGACCUAUUUUGUACGCGGUAUUUUGUGCAAUUCAGAGGCUGGUUAAAACGUUUGGUAAUGGAAUUGCAACAGCAACGCAAACAAGCCUCGACAUCCUCCUCAUCCUCGCCCGGUGCUUCCCCAGGAACCACAGCAGGCGUUGUUGUAGCUAGCAACAAAAACGACUACGACAGUUCACACAGCAGCAGUAACACCGAAGACUACACCGAGACUGACGAACGACGCCGUCGGAUCAUGAAAAACCGUGCAAGGAAUAAUCGUUUAAUGCAUCAACAAGCCCAUCAGCAACAAAGUUCGGUGUCCAUGGUCAAACAACCGUCCGCGAUGAAGAAACUCCUGGAUGGCGAGGAACGCAUCACUCUGGUUGUGGACAACACUACAUUCUCAAUCAACCCAUCGCUCUUUACCGCACAUCCGAACACGAUGCUUGGUCGUAUGUUCAGCUCGUGUAUUGAGUUUACACAUCCUAACGAACGGGGAGAGUACGAAGUGGCCGAGGGAAUCUCACACACUGUGUUCCGGUCGAUUCUCGAGUACUACAGAAACGGUGUUAUUCGCUGUCCGCCAACUGUCUCCGUUCAGGAGCUGCGCGAAGCGUGUGACUAUUUACUGAUUCCGUUCACUGCUGACACGAUUCGAUGUCAAAAUUUACGCGGUUUGCUUCACGAACUUAGCAACGAAGGUGCUCGCGAGCAGUUCGAGGUGUUUCUCGAGUCGCUGAUACUGCCACUGAUGGUGGCGUCAGCCCAGCGCGGAGAUCGUGAGUGUCACGUAGUGGUGCUUUCUGACGAUGACGUCGUUGAUUGGGAUGAAGAGUAUCCUCCUCAGAUGGGCGAAGAAUACUGCCAAACCGUGUCGAGCACCGCGAUGUAUCGAUUUUUUAAGUACAUCGAGAAUCGUGAAGUGGCCAAGCAGGUGUUGAAGGAUCGGGGCUUGAAAAAAAUUCGCCUCGGCAUCGAAGGUUAUCCAACGUAUAAGGAAAAAAUAAAAAAGCGUGCCAGCGGUCGGGUCGAGGUUAUCUACAACUAUUUGCAGCGGCCGUUUAUUCACAUGUCGUGGGAGAAGGAAGAAGCAAAGAGCCGUCACGUGGAUUUCCAAUGCGUCAAAUCUAAAUCGGUUACUAACCUAGCGGAAGCAACGGCUGAUCCGGCUCUUGAACUAGAUUCAGCUGGUAAUCCACUUCCCCAGCGUCAUUUCGACAUUUCAAACGAACCGGACGUGGAUGCAAUUCGUCCAAUGGUGGCAGCGGCUAUCGCUAUCGACGGUGAAGAGGGCGCGGUCGGUGGAAUAGCUCACGCAGAAGAGAUAGCUGGCUCGGACGAGUUACAUUGAAGUUGGCGGCGUGCGAGAAACUAUCUGAGUGUAUGCUAAAACAACUAUACCGCUGUAUUUGUAGCUAUUUCAAAAUUCUUAUUGCUAUAGAAAAGCCGAGCUAGAUAAAUACAGUUCAUCUAACAGAACCUCUGCCAUUAGAUAAAAGGAAAACGAAAAGAUUCGUUUAGUGUGUAUAAUUCAGCUAUGCUAUUGCGGAAUUCCCUCACUUUUUCCGACCUUUUGUACAUAUUGUCAUUAGGGUUCAAUAUGCGCGAAAUCACCUAUAUAUUUCGGAACUAUUACGUUUAUAAAAAUGGCAAAAGGUUGAACAGGGUUCAGAAGCAAAAAAUGUUGACUUGAAUUGAGCAGUUACUGUUAUUUUUUAUUUUAAGUUAACAAUUCAUAAAAUAUUUUAUUCGAAGAAAAAAAAUGGACAGAGAACUGUGGAAACACUAAACUUCCUCCUUGAUUAUCCUCCAUCUCAUUUUAGUCACGUGUAAAUGCUUGGUCUUUUGCAAGCGUAAAUAAUAAACUAUUUGUGUUAUCCAGAAAUACGCUUAGAUCAUUGUAUUUCCUUCCCAUCCGAAGGAGCGCUCGACUGCCAUCUUCCACUUGCUGUAUCUCAUGUCCCGCUCGUCUUCGGAAAUCUCUGGCUUGAAGGAGGUACAGUUGGUUUCGACGCUCACAUUUUCGAUGUCCCAGCAGCCAACAGCGCGGCCCGCGGCCAUAGCAGCACCCUUGAAAAAAAGAAAAAGUACGUCUUUAAUGAAGUGUUACGCAUUUGCAUCGGUGAAUUACGGGCUCAAAAUAGCGAUCAUCGGUGUCGAUUUGACCCUUAAAAUAUUAGUGAAUUUUCAGGUAACUGCAUUUUCGAUUUUAUCAUAUUCAAUUUUGUAGUAUUUUGUGUUUUUUUUUCACUAAAAAUCACUGUCGUGAAGAAAUACUUUUGAUACUUUUGAAUGUACAAUGGGCCUGAUCACGAACGUCACUUCACGGUGAAAACGGAGUGAAUUGUAUACAACCCAAGCCCCGGGCAAGGGGAUAUGAUCCGCGAGUCAAGAUGUGCUACAAAUUUAGCUGUCAUUGCCAAACCUAUCAAAUUACUCGGCGAACUCAAGGCAAAUCUAUGGAACAAGGUGCGCCCAUUCGCUAACUAAAAAAAGAAAUGUUUUUUGAAAAAAAAAUUUAUGUGAAAUGUAAUGAUCAUGAUGAUCACAAGGGUCUGAAUGAUAAUAUAAAACGUAGAACCCUAGGUUGAUCACUUGAAAUGUAGUAUUAUAUUAUAAUGUAAACCAACUUAAGAAAUUGAAAGAAUUUAAGUGAAAUAAAAGGGUUUGAACGUAAAAA